AUGGCAAAUAUUGAGAAAGAAAAGAAUAAAUUAAUAAAUUUGGAAAAAAAUAAUGAAGAAGAAAUAAAUAUGCUAUGUAUGGAAAAUGUAAAAGGGAAAAAAGAGAGUAAUAUAAUAAAAAGAUAUUCAAAAUAUAAUUUAUUAGACGAAUUAAAUAUAAAAAAAAAAACAUCUUUUAAGAAAAGACAAACUUGGGAUAGCUUAUCAAAUAUAUCAAAAUAUUCAUCAAAUUGUAAUAAUAAUAUUGAAAAAAAAAAUAUAUUAAUUAGCUUGGGUAAUAAUGAUUUUGGGCAAUUGGGAUCUGAAAAAAAUAAAAAAGUUGGGUUUAUCGAUAUUUUUUCUAUUCCUAUAAAUAAAAAAAAAUCAAGAAAUCCUCAAAACAAUAAAAAAGAAGAAAAAUGUAAAAAAAUAUAUAAAAAAUUUAAUAAUAUAUUAAACGAAAUAAAAAAGAGAAACAUAAAUUCUAUGCAAGCAUGUGAUAUGAAUAAGUCUAUUUGUUGUGAUAAUUUUCCCAAACAAAUGUUAACACGACAUUCUAGCCAUUUAUCAUUUUUCACAUUAAAAAAAAAAAAAAUUGAAGAAAAAAAUUAUGAAAAGCAUCAAUUUGAUAAUGAACUAUAUAGGAAUAUAUUUACACGAUUUAAAGAUGGUGAUGUAGAAAAUGAGGUGGGUUAUAACAAAAAAAUAAGUGAUCGUUGUGUCAAGAAAAAUAAGAAGCGAAGUAAUAGUGUUUCAAUUUAUAGAAAUGAAAAAGACAAAAAUGAAAACGAUAAAAAUGAAGGCGAUAAAAAUGGAAUCGAUAAAAAUGAGUUUUUUUUAUAUGAUAGUAAAAUAAAUUACAAAAAAAAAAAGUUAACUGAAUAUGAUGACUUUUUGUUGGUAAAUGAAAAUGUGGGAAGGAAAAAAGAAAAAGAAUAUUUUGAUCCAAAAGAAAUACGAUGUGGAAAAUUUCACUCAGGAAUAAUAAGUAAGCAAGGAUUUGUAUGUUUAUGGGGAUUAAAUAAUUAUGGACAAUUAGGAAUUAACCCUAAAAAAUCUGUUUAUACACAAUAUAAACAAAUAGGAGAAAAAAAUAAAAUGAGAAAUAAUUGGAAUAAAUAUAAGCUUGUUAAAGAUGAUAAGAAGAAUAAAUUAGGUAAAAAUAAAAGUAUUUUUUCUGUAUUUGAUAAAAAAAAAAAAUAUACUUUAUGGCCAUAUAUAUAUAAAUUAAUGCCAUUGAAAUAUUUUAGAUAUAAACAUAAAGUAAAAAACAUAAGUUUAGGUUCAUACCAUACAAUGAUUUUAACUUAUGGUGGAUAUGUUUUCACAUUUGGUUGCAAUAAAAAAGGACAAUUAGGAUUGACAAAUCGUUAUGAUAAAAAAAUAAAAUAUACAAGUAAACCAUUUAUGAUUCCUUUAGAUGAUAAGCAUUUUAAACUAAACAAAAAUAAUAAAUAUAAAAAUUAUCAACUUAGUACUUCAAGAAAAGAUAAUAUAAAGAAUGUGUGUAAAAAAAGUGAUAGAUUUUUUUUUAGUGAUAAUUAUAAAUAUCCAAAUAUUUCCCAUCCUAUAAUUUAUAUAGAAUGUGGAGCAUACACUAGUUCAAUAAUUGAUGGAAAUAAAAAUUUGUGGAUGUGGGGAUGGAAUAAAUAUGGACAAAUAGAUUGUUCAUAUAUAAAUGAAAAGAUGAAAAAAAAAAAAAAAGUGAAUGAAAAUGAACAGUUAUAUAGAAGCAAUAGCAAUAAAUAUGUAAACAUUCCACGAAACAUAAAAAUAAAAAAUAAAAAUAUAAUUCAAAUAAGUUUAGGGAAAUAUCAUAGUUUAUGUUUGACAGAGGAAAGAUCAGUUUAUGUAUGGGGGUACUUAUUAAACAAGAAUAAAAAAAAGACAGAGAAAAAAACAAAUGUAAAAAAAAACGGGUUAGCAAAAGGAAUGAAAAUAAAAAUAUGUUUUUUUGAAAAAAAAAAUUAUCAAUAUUAUUAUAAAGAUUUUAUAAAAAUAACAAAAAUAAAAUGUUUGAGCAAUUUAUAUAUAUCUAAUAUUGUAUCUUCAAGUACCCAUAUAGUUUUUGUUGCCCCAAUAAAUUUUUUAAACAUAAAUGGAUUGAAUAAUAAUUUCUUAUAUACAAAUAAAAAUGCUGGUGAUAAAUACCGACGUAAUAUUCUUUUGAAAAAUAUGAGGGAAAAUUCUAAAAAAAAUAUUUUGAAAUAUUUUUCAAAUUAUGUUUUAACUCGAGGAGGUGAUAAUAUUUAUUAUGUUAAAUAUACUGAUUUAUAUUAUUUGAUAAAUAUAAAUGAAAAUAUAUUGUCUAAAAAAAAUUAUGGAAACAUAUAUUAUAUAAAUAACAAAUUUCAUUUAAGCACCCCAGCUGAUAUUUCACAAGGAUAUUAUACAAAUAAAAUAAAUUAUAAUAAUAUUAACAUGUUUAAAAAUUGUGAAUUAUUUAAAGAAAUAAAAUUAAAUAAAAGAAAAUUUGAUAUUGAACAGACUGAUAAAGAAAACAAAAACUUUAAAGUAGAUACUUAUGACUAUCAUAUAAAUAAGACAAAUAUAUUUUUUGAAAAAAUAAUGAAACCUUUAUAUAUAUAUAAUGAAAAUAAUUUAGGAGAAAUAAAUAAUAUACAAAUAUUUCGUGUUGGGGUUGGAAAAAAUUUCUGUAUAUUUUUAACAUCAUCACCAAUUAGCAAAAUGUUAAAAGAUAAGAAGCUUGAUAACAGUAUUAGAAAUAGUGGAUAUAUAGAAUGGGAAAAUAGUGCAUCUACAUUUGAUAUUUUUCGAAAUAAUGGUUCUGAAAAUAAUUUAUAUUGUAUUGGAAAUUCAGAAUAUGGACAAAUAAUAUUACCUAGUCAUUGCAAACAAAGUAAUGUGCCUGUACAUGUUCAUAAAAAUAAGUUGAUAGACAAAAUAAUAUUAAAAAAUAAUAACAAAAAAUAUCAUAAUUUUUUUAAGAUAAAAAGUAAAAGAAAAAAUAGAGAAUAUAAUAUUUAUGAAAGUAGAAGUAUGAAUAGUUGGGUGAAUGAUAAUGAUCAAAGUUAUAAAAAUCAAUCACAUAAUUUAUUAAAAAUGAAUAUAUCAUAUUUAGAUCGAGAUUUUUCGAUAAAUGAUAAAUCAAUUAGUUCUCAAAUUAGUAAAAAUAAAUUUAUUUUAUUUUCUAAUUAUUCAAAUACACAAUACACCGAACAAAACAAUGUUCAUAAUUAUUGUUUGGAAAAUAAUUUAUUUAAAGAUGAAUUUGAAAAUAACGAAACAUAUAAAAAGUGGAAAAGUAAGGAUAUAACAAUUGAAGAAAUGGAAGUAAAUGAGAGAUUAAAUGAGUUAAACCGAAUGGGAAGGAUAAGAAAAAUACAAAGAAAUGAUUGCUUAUUUAAUUUAAGAAAAGAAACAUGUCAAAAUUAUGACUUAGAAAAUGUGAUAAAAUUGAAAAAUAAUUAUAUGGAGAAUAAUAACCUUAAUUUAACUCAAAUAAAAAAUAGAAAUUAUGUAAAUAAAUCAUUUUCUGUAUUUGAAAAUGUAUUGGACUAUAAAUAUUGUUUAAAAUGGAAAAAUCAUUAUGAAGGUUUUCGAAUAUAUAGAUCUGUUUCAGAAAAUUAUGAUAAUAAUAUAAAUAAAAGAAAAAAUAUGUGUAAAAAAAUAAAUGAAAUAUAUGAUCAAAAUAAUUCAGACAGUAGCAUGGGCUUGAUAUUAAAAGAUAUGUAUAACAAUAAUCCAAAUGGUAUAUCAAAUAAAAGUAUAAAUUUUGAUUUUAGUGAAGAAUUGAAUAAAACUAAAGAAAGUCAUCACGGGUGUAUAUUUAAUAAAUUAGGAUCUUUUUAUAAUAAGUUAUAUGAAGAAAAUGAUAUAAAUGAAAAAAAUGGGAAAAGAAGUGAAAUAUUUUUUUUAAAACCUGAAUAUUAUAAUGAUAUACAAAAAGAUAGUGAAUCAAAGAGUGACGAAAAUGAUCAUUCAUUAUCUAUUUAUAUAAGUGAUGAAAAAGGCGAUUCAAUAAAAAAUAAACGAAAAUUAUCUUUGAGAAAUAAAAAAGAAAAUGUUCGAAAUUUAAUAUUAAAAUAUAUUGAUAAUAUAAAUGAUGAUAUUUUAAAAAAAAAAAAUUGUUAUGAUAAAUUAAAUAAUAAUAAAAAUAUAAAAAGACAUUUUAAAAUUUUUAAAAAAAGAAAUUCAUGUUUAUGGAAUUAUUUUAGAUAUCAUAAAAAAAAAAAUAAUAACAAUAAAUAUAAUUCAGAUCAUAUUGUAAACAUUAACUUAUUAGAUGUUGCAUGUGGGGAUUACCAUUCACUUAUUUUGGUAGAAAUUGAUAUAUUAUCAUAA